CAAGUUCUGUUGAAAUUUUUUAAAACAUUCGAUCCUGUAGAACAGCCUAAUGAUGGUCAUUUAAAAUGGCUGAAAAUUAAGCUGAUUUAUUAAAAUAAUGUUGUUUUGCUGAUUUAAAUGGCGCUAGUUGUACAAUAUGGCGGACUCACGUGUUGGUGUGUCGAAAGUUCAAAUUAGUGAAGCUGUUUUAGCUUUAAAAAAGGUUGAAAAAUUAUGGAAAGAGAAUGAAAACAGAAAAACUAAAUUGCUGGAAGAUGAUGAACAUUCGAAAAAAGUAUUUUUACAGAUUGGAUUGAAGAAGAUCCCUGAAAUUAAAAGUAAGGCAGUUAAGAUUUACUUACCACAUUGGAAUUUAGAAAAUGGAGUCGGUGAAGUUUGUCUGAUUACCGGAGAUUUGGAUAAAAAGAAUCCACGUGCUGAUCCGGAAGAAACUGUUCGUCAUUAUAAAGAACUGUUAGAAAAACAUGAGAUCACGUGUAUUUCUGCGGUCAUAUCUCUACGUGAAUUGAAUACUGAUUAUAAAGAAUAUGAAGCGAGACGAAAACUAUGUAAUGCUUAUGAUACAUUUCUAACAGACAGGAAAAUACUUGCUUCAGUCAAUGCGGCAUUGGGUAAAUUUGUCUAUGCUAAUAAUAAAAUACCUCGUCGAAUUAACAUAAAUUCUAAAAAUUUAAAAAAGGAAAUUACUAAUGCAUUAGCUUAUUGUAUCUGCUUUGUCCAAGGGAAAGGUUCUGAUUGUACUGUUUGUGUUGGUCAUAUUUCUCAGCCAAAAACUGAAUUGGUCAAAAACAUUAUUACUGCUGUUGAGAAAUUUUCGGAUAGUGUUCAGGGUGGUUGGCGGAAUAUCCAAACAUUGCGUAUUAAAUGUGCUAAGUCUCUUGCGAUACCAUUUUAUGUAUCUCUUGAAUCGCCAAACGAAGUAGAUUUAUCAACAUCGGUGGUUCCUAACGAACCAAUUGAAGAUGAAUUAACUACUUUAACUAAAGGUCGUGUUAAAGUAUAUCCCGACGGAGAGGUUGAAGUAGUAGAAUCUAAGAAAACAAAAAAGAAACGGUUAGGCAAAAAAAAGACAAAUUUGAAACCAAAAUCAAAAAAGAUUGCUAAGAAGGAAACUGAAUUACCAAAUAAUUCCAAGGAUGAUUUAAUGAAUGAUGAGACACAAGUUGAAAAUGAAGAAUCAAGUACGAUAAAGAAAAAAGUGAAGAAACGUAAGGCUAAUGAAGAACACGAAUCAGCUGAUACAUCAACAAAGAAAAACAGAAAGAAGAUACUUAAAAGUGGGGAAAAUCAGACUGAACAUUGCAAAACAUUAAAACAAAUGGAUGACAAUGAUGAAAAAAAUCAGAAAUUAAAAAAUACAUCAGCAAAGAAAGUAAAGAAACAAAAACUGUUAAAAACAAAGAAAAAGAAUGUAAAAAAUCAAUUAAAAUGA